UGCUGAUAUGCGUCCUCAGAUGUUCUGCUGGUUCCUCUGUGUGCUGUGGUGUGUGCGGAUCAGCAGUUCCUCCAGCCGACAGCGCAGGCAGAUGGAGGCUCCAGACCCGCAGCAGCAGUGUUCCUACACCUUCUUAAUCCCGGAGCAGAAGAUCACGGGGCCGAUCUGUGCCAGCCAGGGGCCCUCGCUGCCGGACCCCGAGCGCGUGAUGCGGACAGAUGUGUCUGAGCUGCGGGAGUUUCUGAGUCGGCAGCGGCGGGAGAUGGAGACGCUGCGGAUGAUGGUGGAUGUGGACGGAGACAUGGUGCAGGAGAUGAAGCUGCUGCGCAAGGAGUCGCGGAACAUGAACUCGCGGGUCACUCAGCUCUACAUGCAGCUGCUGCACGAGAUCCUGCGCAAGCGGGACUCCUCUCUGGAGCUGGCGGCAAUGCAGAACCGGCUGCUGAACGGGUCCGCUGUCGUGCUGCGCCUGUCCGCCGGGUACCGGGAGCUGCAGCUGAGGGUGUCUGCGCUGGCGGAGCAGGUCAACAGCCAGGCGGAGCUGCUGGUGCUGCUGGAGGAGCAGUGUGUGCGGGUGCAUGGGGGGCAGAGCCGGGACCUACCCCCGCCACCGCUCCUGCAGGUGCUGCCAGAGAACAUCCCGGUGUUUGUGCCGCGAGUCUCCAAUGAGAUCCAGAGGAGCAACAGCUGGCCGGAGGAGCAGAGGCCCGGAACAACUGCAGCUGACACGGGGGAGCGACCCGCACAGAACAACAGCAGUCUGAAGGGUCCGUUCCGGGACUGUUAUGCGGCACUGCAGGCGGGACACUUGGUCAGCGGCUCGAUCCUCCUGCAGCCGGACGACACCCUGACGCCUGUUCAGGCCUGGUGUGAACACGACGUGGACCGAGGAGGAUGGACACUCAUCCAGAGGAGGAAAGAUGGAGCCGUCAACUUCUCCAGGAACUGGGACAGCUAUAAGAAGGGCUUUGGUGAUGUGGACGGUGAGCACUGGUUGGGUCUGGACACCAUCUAUAGUCUGGGCAGACAGGAGGAGUAUAAGCUGCUGGUGGAGAUGGAGGACUGGAUGGAGAAGAAGGUCUACGCGGCGUACAGCAGCUUCCACCUGGAGCCGGAGAGCCAGUCAUACCGCCUGCGUCUGGGACUCUAUCGGGGAAACGCUGGAGAUUCAUUAACCAGCCACAAUGGCAGACAGUUCACCACACUGGACCGGGACCACGACGCAUUCUCAGGGAACUGUGCUCAUUUCCAGAAGGGCGGCUGGUGGUACAACGCCUGCGGUCAGACCAAUCUGAACGGUGUGUGGUACUCAGGCGGAGUGUAUCGCAGCCGCUUUCAGGACGGCAUAUUCUGGGCCGAUUACGGAGGAGGAUUUUACUCCAUGAAGUCUGUGCGUAUGAUGAUCAGACCCAUCGACUGAUCAUCUGCAAUGGAAAAGUGGAACUCACGAUAAAAACUACAUUACCCAUGAUGCUGUUCAGGAAAUUCCACCAAUCAGCCCACUCCAAUGAAGCAGUGCAGAUAACAACACUGAGCAUUUAUUUUUGAAUAUGUGUGUGUGUGUGUGUGUGUGUGUGUGUGUGUGUGCGUGUGUGUAUGUGUGU